ACAAUAAACAAGUUAUCACUUCUGACGGCGAUGAGAAAGGCGAUCUAGGGUUCUCAAAAUGAUUUGGCGAAGAUGGGAUCCUGGUAUUGGUCAAAUGAGAUUAUGGGAGAAGACAAGGAGUAUCUGGACGAUUAUGGUGAAUGGCACCGAAGAUCGUCUCCAGAUACAGGGGUAAUGGAUGAAGGGAAUCGACGGAACUUAAGGAAACACAGGAUUUUGGGAAACUGGGGUCAGAUUUCAAUGGUCAAUCAGAUAUUGAUUAUCAAUAAGACGAAAUCGCAGAUCUCUGAAGAGUCACUUGCUGGGGCAAGCUGGUGAGACAAAGAACGGGGAAGGUGCACGGAAGAGAUUGAAGAUUUCUGUGGCUCAGUUCGACAACUCAGCGCUGAUCAAAACCUACUCCAAAACGUUGAUUGGAAGGUGUAUGAAUCCUGAAGAACAAGACAUGAAGGCAUUGUUCACAAACAUUCCGAAGAUCUGGAAAUUGGAGGAGAGGGUUACGGGUACUAAUCUGGGAUUUUGGAAGUUUCAGUUUGACUUCAAAUCGGAGGAAGAUAUGGAGGCAGUGCUCAAGCAACAAUCAUUCCACUUUGAUUAUUGGAUGUUAGCUUUGGCACGGUGGCAACCAAAGAAGUCCCAGCUGUUCCCAUCGGAGAUACCUUUUUGGGUCCGUCUCAUUGGAGUCCCGUUGGAGUUCAGAACAGUCCCUACCUUCGAAAGUAUUGGAAACGCUAUAGGGAAAACGGUGGCGGUGGAUUUGGAUCGUACCCGUGUCCCAGUGGUGAUUGAUGCUUUCAAGGAAUUGUGUUUCGAAACCACAGUGGAUUUCAAAGGGGGGAAGUUCUAUGAGGAAGAGGAGGUGGCGGUCUCGUUACGUUAUGAGAAGCUCUUUGGGUAUUGUCCUCUUUGCUCCAGUCUAUGCCAUAAGGAGGAAAAGUGUUCUCUAUAUGUGAAGAACACAGUGAAGAGUCCAGAGAGGAAGCGGGAGAGCAAAGAGGAGAAUAGAGGAUGGUCUGACGGGGGGAAGCAUGAUGAGAGAGCCAGGAGUUACAAAGGAGUAGUUAUUAAUGAUAAUGUGGCUCCACAAAACAAGGACAGAAGAGGUCGGGAUUAUUAUGGAAAGGGCAAGGGGAAGAUGUAUGAGGGAUCAGAGGCAAAGUGGGUCAAGGCAGCAGAGAGAAGUAACACAAGAGGCGCUCAUCAUCACGGCAAACACAGAGGUGAUAGCGAGGGAUCAAGCCACAAAACUUAUAGAAGGGAGGAGGUACGAUCUGGUGAUCAGGAGACGCGUACUAGGCCCUCUUCUGGUCAGACAAGAGCUCAACGGAAUCCCAUUGUCACACGAGAGGAGGCUAGAGAGGAAGGAGAGUUUAAGGUCUCUGAUGAGAGCUCGUUGAAUCCACCUUCUCAGGAGUUCCAGUUGGAGUUAGCUAGGACUCAAGCAGAGGGAACAAAGGUAGUCUCGGAUCCUACUUAUGAGGGUGUGGGGUUACAAAUAGUAAAUGGUCUGUUUGAGGAACAGGAAGGUCGUGUAGAGGAUGAUGAGAGGGAGAUGGAUGCUCUUGAGGCUAACCUGUUGAAGAGCGGUUUCGAUUUGGGGGCGGAAGAGGAUUUUCAAACUCUUUCGGAGGAAGAGGCUGAGAAAGCUUUGACCAAGGGAGAUGAGGUCCCUAUACAAGAAGAGGGUCUAGUGGAGAGUGAUACUAACGAGGGAGAAAGAAAGGGAGCAGGGGACGGACCGUCGAAGCAAGGGAAUCGAAAGCGACUAUUUAAGCCUACUUCGAGCACUGCAGGAAGCACCAAGAUGCGCAUUGCUAAUGCUCUGGUUAAGCGUGCUGCUUCCAAGGGAGCUACGCGUUACGGAGACAACAGCAAGCUACCGGAGACCAAGGGAACUUCAAACCCGAAAGCGCCAAAUCAAAAAUCCUAAGUUUUAUGGAUCAGGUUUUAUUAGCACUUCAUCUA